CCAUUCAUGGGAGUCUCCCCAGAGGAACAGUCCAAACAAGAUAAGAUACAUACGCUCCUUGGUAGAAACCGCCAGGUGAAACUAAAGCACCUUGAAGAGCUAACGAGUAUACAGCAUCAAGGCCUUCACUUGGAGAUAGAAGAAUUAGCUUGUUGGAUCCUCCAUGGCUAGACCAUCCUCCUCUUCUUCUCCCUUCUCAAUCAUCUUUCUAAUCCUUCUCCUAUCAAUCAACUCCAUUAGCUCAUCCAGCGGCUCCCCGGAGGACUUGGCGGCGGCGGCGGCGGCGGCGUUGUUCAUCUUUGGCGACUCCACUAUUGAUCCAGGCAACAACAACUACAUCGAGACCACCUCGGAUAUGAAGGCGAACCACCAACCGUAUGGGCAGAAUGGGUUCUUUGACAAGCCCACCGGACGCUUCACUGAUGGCCGGGUGAUUGUAGAUUUUAUUGCUGAAUUUGCAAAGCUUCCAAUCAUUCCUCCAUUCUUGCAACCUUCUGCUUCGUUCGUUAAUGGUGCUAAUUUCGGAUCUGGUGGAGCUGGGGUCCUGCCUGAAACCAAUCAAGGCCUGGUAAUUGACCUUCAAACACAACUCAAGCAAUUCGAUGAGGUUCGGAGCAACUUAAUAGAAGGGUUGGGUGAUAAGAAAGCAAGAGAGCUUAUCUCACAAGCUGUUUAUUUUAUUAGUAUAGGCAGCAAUGACUACAUCGCAGGAUACGUACUCAACCCUAAAAUAAGUGAGGCAUACCGUCCCGAGGAGUUUGUUAGUAUGGUGAUUGGCAACUUAUCACAAUCAAUCCAAGCAUUGUAUGAUAAAGGAGCAAGAAAGUUUUGUUUUCUGAGCUUAUGCCCCUUGGGCUGCUUACCUAUCCUUAGAGCAGCAAACCCUAAGGCAGAUGGAGGAUGUUUUGAGGAUAUCUCUGCACUCGCAUCAGCUCAUAACAAUGCAUUGGCAGCUGUGCUCACCAGCCUGGCACAUAUUCUUAAAGGGUUUAAGUAUGCUAAUUCUGAUUUCUACAGUUGGCUCGAUUAUAGAAUCCAACAUCCAUCCAAAUACGGUUUCAAGGAUGGAGUGAGUGCUUGCUGCGGGUCAGGGCCAUAUGGAGGAGUCUACAGUUGUGGGAGGACCAAAGAAGCGAGUGGCUACCAAGUAUGCGAGAACCCGGAGGACUUCGUUUGGUGGGAUUCCUUCCAUGCAUCCGAGAGGAUCCAUGAGCAAAUCGCAAAGACACUAUGGAGUGAUCCACCCUCCUCAGUGGGGCCAUACAAUCUAGAGAAGCUAUUCUUGGGUGAGGAGGAGCUCAGAAUUGCUGAUGUGGUCGACGUGGAAGAUGGCUGGGGGGAUUUUGGCACCACAGCAUAAUGGUGUGCCGUGUUUCUCUCUAUAUUAUCAACUACUAGUAAAGGUGUUUUAGCACCUCAUAAAGAUGUAGAAACUCCUAUUUAACUUCCAACGUGCUUUGAUUUGAUCAUAGCAUAGGGUUCUUAUCAAAGAAAUAUGGUUGGAGUUUCCUAUCUAGACCUUUACAUUUUAAAAAGCUCAAAGUUUGAACAGUCAAAAAUUUCAAGACAAGGAACUAUCGUUGAGAUUUUUGGUUCAGAUCUCUA